CAAGAUCUUAAGCCCAGGCCUCGACCCAUCCCAGGUACUUCCGGAACCUGUGCUCAGACGACACCCCCAUGGUGCGGCGGGCCGCAGCCUCCAAGCUGGGGGAUUUUGCCAAGGUCCUGGAACUGGACAAUGUCAAGAGUGAGAUCAUUCCCAUGUUCUCUAACCUGGCCUCUGACGAGCAGGACUCGGUGCGGCUGCUGGCAGUGGAGGCAUGUGUGAACAUUGCCCAGCUUCUACCUCAGGAGGACCUGGAGGCCUUAGUGAUGCCCACCUUGCGCCAGGCUGCUGAAGAUAAGUCCUGGCGUGUCCGCUACAUGGUGGCUGACAAGUUCACAGAGGUAGGUUGGUAUGGUUCACAGGAGGGUACACUGAGAUUCUCUGAGGGGAGGAGUGAGCCAUAUGUGGGAGCUGGCACCACAGUCCUCAGUUUUAAUAAACAUUCCAUUGAUCUCACAGAACCAACCCUGGAUGCAUGAAUGGCAACUGAGAGUGCAAAGAUAAAAAUGAUUCUGAAGCCAAGUUCUAACUCUGUGAAAGCAUAUUCCCUGACCUCAAAACUUCCUUAAGAUACAGUCCAAGAGUUAGUUGUCAGAGUAAUGCCACAAACUAGACAGAACAGGGACAAGAUCAAAAUUUCCUUACCUGACAGCAUGCCUCCACCCCUCAUUGCUGAGAGUUGAUCCUAGAGCUUGGCCCAUUUGACCCAUGCUAGGCAAGUGCUCUACUGCUAUGCUCUAAUUCCAGGCCCAUAGUUAUUAGCAGUGCCUUUGGUGGAGGUCCUGCAGUCAAUGAAUUACACACAUACAUUGCCUUCAAGGAGCAAGCUAAAGGUCAGCCUCAAUAGAAAGUGCUGAUGGAAUGUGCUAUUCUCUGUGCCUCAUGGCAUUGAGAGGAGGAGGUCGUGCUCCAGCUGGUUGUGAGGAUAAGGAAGUGGCAUCUAGAUAGGAGCUGUAUUCCAACAAGACAGCCUGUGCAGAGGUGAGAGACAGAAUGAGCAAGGAUCCUGGGAUUCAGCGAGAGAUGGGACAGAGUGAUGGACAAGAGCUCUCCCUUAUGAUGAUUACUGGGGUCUGCUGGAAGGCUCAGCCCUAAGGACUGUUUUUGUGGGCACAGUGAAGUUGUUUAACUCUUGGCCGUGUAAGAAGUCUGUGUGCCUGAAGGGCUUAGUACCAUAGUAAAAGCAAGAGAGUCAGUCUCCUGCUCCUUCCUCUCAGAGGGAAGCAGGCUUACGCUAGGCCUUGGAAGAUGGGACCCUUGUGCUAUGGAAAUGACAGUCUGCCCAGGGCCAACUGCAAACAUGUUCUUAA